GUGGCACCUAACCGCUGCACCACCGCUCCCCACACACACACUCAGCACACACUCUCACGCUCACACAGACGGGAAUGUCACAGCACGCUCCGCUCAACGUGACGGGCCAGCAGGACGGCUGGACUUGCCUCCUGUCGGCGCUCCUGGCGAUCGGCACUGAGCCGGAGGUUUCGCCUGCGCGGUGCCGCGGGGAGACCGCGACCCGGGGGUCAGAAGAGGUCAUCGCGGGGCCUCAGGGGACGGCGGCGGUCGAGACGAUGGCAUGGGCGGCAGGGGCCACGCCGCCUCCCCUGACGGACGCGUGGCUGGUGCCGCUCGUAUUCGCCCUCAUCAUGGCCCUGGGGCUCACGGGGAACUUGCUGGUGGUGAUCGUCGUCGGCAGGAACAGACGGAUGCGCACGGUCACCAACUUCUACAUCGCGAACCUGGCAUGCACGGACGUCAUCUUCCUGGUGAGCUGCGUCCCCUUCACGGCCACGCUCUACUCGCUGCCCAGCUGGGUGUUCGGGGAUUUCAUGUGCAAGUUCGUCAACUUCCUGCAGCAGGUGACGGUGCAGGCCACGUGCGCGACACUCACGGCCAUGAGCAUCGACCGCUGCUACCUCGCGCUGCGGCCACUCAAGUCGCUCUACCGCCGCACCACGCGCCUCGCACUCACCGUCAGCGCCGCCAUCUGGACGGGGUCGUUCGUGGCCUCGCUUCCCGUGGCCCUGCACCACCGGGUGGAGGAGGGCUUCUGGUACGGCCCUCGGACCUACUGCGUGGAGAGCUUCCUGUCGGAGGGCCGCCGCGUUGCCUUCCUCCUCUACACCUUCGCCCUCACCUACCUGCUGCCCCUGCUCACCAUCUGCCUCAGCUACGGAUUCAUGCUCAACCGCAUUGGCCGCCCCGUCGUGCAGCCCGUCGACAACAACCACCAGGAGCAGCUGGUGUCGGAACGUUCACGGGUGGUGCACGCCGCCGUGUCCCGCAUGGUGGUUGCCGUCGUGGUGCUGUUCGCCGUCUGCUGGGGCCCCAUCCAGAUCCUCAUCCUCUACCAGGCCUUGGCGCCGGCGUUCUCGCACAGCUACGGCACCUACAAGCUGAAAAUCUGGGCGCACUGCAUGUCGUACGCCAACUCGGCGCUCAACCCAAUCGUCUACGCCUUCAUGGGCGGCUCCUUCCGCAAGCUCUUCCGCGCGGCCUUCCCGCGCGCGUGCAACCGGCGCGUGCACGCCGCUCCGCCGCCGCCGCCGCACCGUAGCGGCGUCGGCGGCGCGAACUCGGCGGCGGUGGCGGGGCGGAGUUCCAGAGUCCGCGCGGCCCGGUGGCACGCCGUAGCGACGACGGCGGUUCGGGCCGCACCGCAGAGCCUCGUCGCCGCCGCUCGACGGAGGCGGCGCGAGCCGCGAGGCCCCGCAGGCUCCGGCCCGCCGGCUCCACGCGCGGCGUGGGAGUCGUCGCGGACGGCGCGGUCCCCGCGACGGAGGUCGCGGUGA